AUGAGAACACACACUGGAGAGAAACCUUAUACUUGCCCUGUUUGUAAGAAGAGUUUCUCCAGAAAGCAAUACAUGACCACACACAUGACAAUACAUACUGGAGAGAAACCUUUUACUUGCUCUGUUUGUAAGAAGAGUUUCCCCAGAAAGAAUGACAUGACCACACACAUGAGAACACAUACUGGAGAGAAACCUUUUGCUUGCUCAAUUUGUGCUAAAAGAUUCAACGCUAAGAGUAUCAUGACAUUACACAUGAAAAUACACACUGGAGAGAAACCUUUCACUUGCUCUGUCUGUAAGAAGAGCUUCAUCAGAAAGCAUCACAUGACCACACACAUGAGAACACACACUGGAGAGAAACCUUUUACUUGCUCUGUCUGUAAGAAGAGUUUCUCCAUGAAGCCUGACAUGACCACACACAUGAGAAUACAUACUGGAGAAAAACCUUUUACUUGCUCUGUUUGUAAGAAGAGUUUCUCCAGAAAGCGUAACAUGACCACACACAUGAGAACGCACACACUGGAGAGAAACCUUUUAUUUGCUCUGUUUGUAAGAAGAGUUUCUCCAGAUGGCAACACAUGACCACACACAUGAGGACACACAGUGGUGAGAAACCUUUUCCUUGCUCUGUUUGUAAGAAGAGUUUCUCCAUGAAGCCUGACAUGACCACACACAUGAGAACACAUACUGGAGAGAAACCUUUUACUUG